GAACCGGACGGGCAGCGAGCCACCGCUGCACCUCUUCCCCGCACCCGUGCUUACAGGCAUCACAGUCGCCUGCAUCCUCCUCUUCGUCAUCGGGAUCAUCGGCAACCUCAUGACCAUGCUGGUGGUGUUGCGGUUCCGGGACAUGAGGACCACCACCAACUUCUACCUGUCCAGCAUGGCCUUCUCCGACCUGCUCAUCUUUCUCUGCAUGCCCCUGGACCUCUUCCGCCUCUGGCAGUACCGGCCCUGGAAUUUUGGGGACCUCCUCUGCAAGCUCUUCCAGUUCAUCAGCGAGAGCUGCACCUACUCCACCAUCCUCAACAUCACAGCCCUCAGCGUGGAGCGGUAUGUUGCCAUCUGCUUCCCCCUCCGAGCUAAAGUGAUCAUCACCAAGGGGAAGGUCAAGCUGGUCAUCCUUUUCCUCUGGGCCAUCUCCUUCAUUAGCGCCGGACCCAUCUUCAUCUUGGUGGGGGUCGAGCACGAGAACGGCACGAACCCCCUGAGCACCAAUGAGUGCCGAGCCACGGAGUAUGCCAUCCGCUCGGGUCUCCUCACCAUCAUGGUCUGGACCUCCAGCAUCUUCUUUUUCCUGCCUGUGUUUUGCCUGACCGUGCUGUACAGCCUUAUUGGGAGGAAGCUCUGGAGGAGAAAGAGAAAGAACAUUGGUCCAAACACUGUCAUCAGGGAUAAGAACAACAAGCAAAGUGUGAAAAUGUUAGUUGUGGUGGUAUUUGCUUUCAUACUCUGCUGGUUGCCUUUUCACGUAGGACGAUACUUAUUUUCCAAAUCCUUUGAAGCUGGAUCCUUGGAGAUAGCAGUGAUCAGCCAGUACUGCAAUUUGGUGUCCUUUGUCCUCUUCUACUUUAGUGCAGCCAUCAACCCCAUCCUCUACAACAUCAUGUCAAAGAAGUACCGAGUCGCCGCUUGCCGCCUGUUUGGACUAAAACCCCUUCCAAAGAAAAGACUCUCCAGCAAAAAGCAAGAAAGUUUGCAUGUUUGGACAGAACCAAGUGUUAUCACAUGACACCUGAUUUCCAGCACUGGAGCAUCACUUACCCAUGUUUCCCAGAAAGCCAUAACAAAAGAGAAAGAAACACGAAUUGAAACUCUAAAGUUGUACUUCUGUCACCAUCUGGAUUUGCUGAAAGAUGUAAUGUCAGCAGUUAAAGA